AUGCUCACUGAGCUAGUUUCAGAGGCCAUGAGGCUGUCACUGUUGCUGCUUUUGGGAGCCUGGACUGUCCCAGGGGCACUCGGGGACAGGGCCUUCCUCUCCGCCGCUGCUCCAAAUCUGGAUGAGGAGGAGAAGUACUCGGCCCACGUGCCUGCUCACCUGCGCUGCGACGCCUGCAGGGCUGUGGCCUACCAGAUGUGGCAACAUUUGGUGAAGGCAGAGGCCAAGCUUCAUACCCCAGACUCCACGGGAAGGCAGGAGCUCCGAGAGUCAGAAUACACAGAUGUCCUGGACCGUAGCUGCUCCCAGAACUGGCAGGACUAUGGGGUCCGAGAAGUAAACCAAAUGAAACGACUCACAGGCCCAGGACUUAGUAAGGGGCCAGAGCCAAUCAUCAGUGUGAUGGUCACAGGAGGCCCCUGGCCCAGCAGGCUCUCCAGAAUGUGCUUCCAGUACCUGGGGGACUUUGGGGAAGAUGACAUCUAUAAAGCCCACCAAGAAGGCCCAGAGGCUGUGGAGGCAUUGCUAUGUGGUGGUGGUACCCAGGGCUCUUGCUCGGCAGAGGCAGCUGUCGCGAGAGAAGAGCUCUAGUCCACAACUCCUCCUGCUCCUGAAGAAAAGCUGGCCCUCCUCGGAAUCUUCCCCACUCCUUUUGGUGGCAGCUGGAGAGGAAGAAGGGAGGCCUGGCUCAAAGCUGCCACCUUCACCCUUCCUUUGUCACAGGGCACUGGGGCCUGGGAGGGACAAGACUUUACUCUCUGGAUUCAAAUAAAAUCUGGUGACCUUGA